CGCCGCUCAGGUGCAAGCCCGAAUAGAAGGUGGUGUAUUUGACCCUUCCAGUUCCUGUACUAUGGCCACGCUGAGUGCCAAGCCGAGUCAGCGCUUCCAGCUGUCCGACUGGCAAAUCAAUAGCCACCUGCUGUCCACCAACGCUGAGAGGCAGCGAGAUGCCUCGCAUCAGAUCCGCCAGGAGGCCCGGGUCCUCCGGAAUGAGACCAAUAACCAGACCAUUUGGGACGAAUAUGACAAUAGAACUCGACUGGCAGAGAGGAUCGAUACUAUCAACCGGUGGAAGGAGAUGCUGGACAAGUGUCUGACGGAUUUAGAUGCUGAGAUUGAUUCCCUGGCAAAGGCAGGGAGCUGGGGGCCAGGAAACUCUGCUGCAAAGACCCACUCCUCCUUCCCCACUUCUGGAUGGGGGUCAUGAGUGGCAUGACAGUCACUGGCCCCUUGGCUAAAGUGGGGUAAUAGCUACUUCUGCCAUGGCUCCACAAGCCUCCUGUGUCCCCUUUUCCAGAUGAAGGAGUCAGCAGAGCAAAACCUGCAGGCCAAGAACCUACCUCUGGAUGUGGCCAUCGAGUGUCUGACCCUGCGGGAGAGUCGGCGGGACAUUGAUGUGGUGAAGGACCCUGUGGAGGACGAGCUGCAUAAAGAAGUGGAGAUCAUUGAGGCCACCAAGAAGGCCUUGCAACAGAAGAUCAGCCAGGCCUUCGAGCAGCUCUGCCUCCUGCAGGAAGUGCGCCAGCAGCUCAACUCUGACCAUCGGGGCAAAAUGGAGACACUGGAGAUUGACAGAGGUUGUCUCUCUCUCAACCUCAUGUCCCCAAACAUCUCUCUGAAGAUCAAUCCCACACGUGUCCCCAAUGGCUCCACCACACUCCAGCAGUGGGAUGACUUCAGUCUGUUCAACAAGGACCAAGCAGAGGCAGAGAUGAAAGCAGCCAUUGAGCUGAGGGAGGCCAUUGCCUUGACUAUUGCUGAGACCAACAACGAACUCGAAGCCCAGAGGGUCGCCACAGAAUUUGCCUUCAGGAAACGGUUGCAGGAGAUAGAGAAAUUGUACAGUGAGCUCAAGUGGCAGGAGAAGAAUACCUUGGAGGAGAUCGCUGAGCUGCAGGAAGACAUCCGGCAGCUGGAGGAGGAUCUGCGCAUUAAGUUACUGAGCCUGAAGCUGUCCCAUACCCGGCUAGAGGCCAGAACCUACCGGCCCAACGUGGAACUCUGCCGGGACCAGGCCCAGUACGGCCUCACUGACGAGGUUCACCAGUUAGAGGCAACCAUUGCCUCCCUGAAGCAGAAGCUGGCACAAGCACAGGAUGCACUGGACGCCCUGCACAAGCACCUGGCCCGGCUGCAAGCUGAUAUUGCCUGCAAGGCUAACUCCAUGCUACUGGACACCAAGUGCAUGGACACGCGACGCAAGCUGACCGUGCCUGCUGAGAAGUUUGUGCCUGAGGUGGAUACCUUCACCCGCACUACAAACCGCACCUUGAGCCCUCUCAAAACCUGCCAGCUGCAGCUGGCCUAGCCUUGGAGGAGUGAGUGUGGAGGGGAAGCUGAAGCUUAGGUGGGGAAAUGGAAGCGGCAGGAGAGACUGAGUCUAAUAAUAAACGUGCAUGUUCUCAGGCC